CCCACAAAUACGUCACUGUGGUACAUCCCACAUUGUGACACUUCCGCGAAGUCCUGCCAUUAAUGUGCACGUGAAAACAGUUGACAUUGCGCGACACUGUGGUGAAUGAUGGAGCCGAGUCGAUGAUAAAAUAGUUGGAAUCAAAUACCAAUCACCAUGGCUGCAUCCUGUGCACAGUUGUGUCUACUAUGCAGACGUCUUCUUUGUUCCACAACAGUGGCGAAUACCUGGCGGUACUCCACUCAGCUUCGCCAUUGUGCUACAGUCACAGGGUUACCUACGAAAAUUCUUAAUGGAUCCCCAGUUAUCUGGGGGAAUCACACAACAGCUCAGGCGAGACAGAGGUGGAAGCAACAGGUGUUCUGUUCCAGUUACUUCUCCACCACACAUGUGGCAACUGAGGCUAAGGAACUGUCAAGAGCUGAUGUUGCAACAAUCAGAGAUGCUGCUCCAGUGACGGAAAGCCAGAUUUCAUUAGAUCUGGACGCAGCUGCUGAAUUAUCUGCACUGGAGGAGAUCAGCGAUGAAGAGGCCGUCAGCAUAUCUGUUCCUUCUGCCAUGCCUCCAGCUUCCACCUCUCUUAAAGACUAUGUUGAUCAGUCUGAGACAAUCAGCAAACUGGUACAGCUAGGUGUACAGCUGUGGAAGCUUGAUGAAAGGCCCAACGUAGGCUCCAUGCUGCUGCGGCUCAACUUCAGCACAGAUGUUGCCCCAAGGUUGCUGUUUCUCAAACACAUCGGGGUGGAGGACUCUCGCUUUGGCUAUAUCAUCUCACACAACCCCUUCAUUCUCACAGAGAGUUUGGAAAAUCUACAUGCCAGGGUGAACUAUCUCAAGUCAAAGAAAUUCAGCGCUGAGACUGUUGCCUCCAUGGUGUCCAGAGCUCCAUAUCUGCUCAACUUCAGUGUGAAGAGGCUGGACAACAGACUGGGGUUCUAUCAGCAGCAACUCGGCCUCAGUGCUUCUAACGUACGGAACAUUGCAGCUCGUCUACCAAGAUUACUGUGCUGCAGUUUGGAGCCUGUUAAAGAAAAUCUGAAGGUGUGUGGAAUAGAGCUCGGCUUUAAGGAAAAUGAGAUCCAACACAUUGUUGCUACCAUCCCAAAAGUGCUGACAGCCAAUAAAAGAAAGCUAACGCAAACAUUUGAUUUCCUCCACAACACUAUGAAGGUGCCCCACCAUCUGAUCACCAAGUUCCCACAGGUCCUCAAUACAAAGUACUUGCGUAUCAGGGAGCGCCACCUGUUCCUCGAGUACCUUGGAAAGGCUCAGUAUAACCCAUCUCAGCCCAACUACAUCGCCCUGGACCGCCUGGCGUCUUUGCCUGAUGAGACUUUUUGCACAGAGUUGGCUUUGGCCACAUUGGAAGAUUUUUAUUUGUUCCAGAAGACACUUUGAUUCUUCAUGAGAGGAUAUUAAAAACAACUUCAAAAAAAAAAAACAGUCGGUCAAGCGCACAGAAUAAAUUCCAUAAUGUUAGAUACCUGCAGACAUUAAGGUUUGAAGCCAUAUAGAGCAUGAACUGGAAUAUCAGUCAUUAUGAUCUAAAAUGUGCUUUGUAAAUGUGAUGUUUAAUAAAUAUACACAGUGUGUAUCAUC